UAGACAGCCAGUUUUUUUCCAGACAAUACAUUAAAUUCUGAGAAAUAUAGGUCGGACAUGAUGUUAGAAUUGUUAUCAUUAGAUAACAAGUAACUAUAUUUUCCAACUAGAUAAUCUUUAUUUUUUGGCAUCUUAAUUGGCUUAUAGUAAUUCAAGUCUUUAGGGAGCAUAUUUUGGUGUAAAUCCAUAGCUAGUGCUGGUAGUCGAAACGGAGAUUUAUGACUGCCGGGUGUCGAAACUGAUUUUGUUAAACAAUCGUCCAAUGGCUUACUCAAAUCAUGUACAACCAUGUCGUUGUUGAUAGGCUCAUCAACAGUGAACCCAGUCUCAUUGUCACAUUCUAUAACCACAAUGUUAUUUUUAUCUGCUGUAGUGGUCGAAGACUUAGGGAUUUUUAACGACAGUGCUUUGAAAGGACGGUACUUGAUGGGUUGGAGGUGUUUGUGUUGUUUUUCUUUUUUUCCCCAACUCUCUGUUUCGUCUAAAUGGUUAAGGCCAGACAAUUCUGAAAUUUUUCUUUUUCCAUUUUCUUUAGUAGUACUCUGUUUAGACUUAGUGUCAAAAUCAAGCGCACGAGUGCACUUUCCUUUUCUAAUAUUGUACUUCAUUUGUUUGUGUACAUUCAUCACGCGCUGUCUCAUAAGUUUUAAAAACCGGCCGCAUUUAAACCUACGGUCGCCUUCUAGUAUGUCUUGUUUGACUGUUUUAAACCAAGAUUCAACGGUAGCAUUACUCUGGCGGAUUUCAAUGCCAUUGCUGAGUUUAUUAUUCAUAAUAGGUGUCCACAGUGCUAAGAAAGCACAAUUUGAGACUUCAGAUUUAACCUGUUCUUUGAUUGACUGAAAUCUACAGAACAUCAUGGAAUUACUCGUGUUGGAUUCGCAUAGAAAUUUAUUUAUUUCCUCCGAGUGAUCCUCACCUUCGUUGUUCGAUUCAUUUGGCAAUUGGUAUUUAUCAUAACACUUGGCUCUCAUUGUACUAAUGGCAUCUUUCGUGUGUCCUGUACCAUAAGGUGACAACAGUAUCACUGAAAAUAUUUUGAACCAUUGUUCAACAUCUGUCAAACUGGUUGUGUUAAAAAGUAUACAUAUCCAAUCAAUAACAUCAUUUCUUUUCGUUUUUUCUACAGUCGUGCGAUGGUUUUUCUCAGAUUGAAAAUAUGUGUAGACAUGGUUUACUAUAAUUUUUGUGUAAUGAUUUGCACAUAUAUUUAUGAUGGUGACAUUAGAUUCGUCGUGGUUUUCAACCAAUACUCUGUAACACCAGUUAAGGUAGUCGAAUAUGGAAGUAAAACCAUUCCAUCCUAUACACAAGGCAUUCAUUUGGGCAUAACUGAAAUCUGUCACGAUAUUUGUGAAUACUGGCCAAGUGAGUUUUUGUUUCAAAACGAAUGCUUUAAAAGCGUUUAGCCAUUGUGAAAUCGCAACAAUGUCGUGGGCUGAACUAAUCAUUUCAACAACAGGACACGUGACACUUGAGUCUCUAGGUAAUGGGACAUUAACAACUAGAACAUAGUACAGAACCCUUUUGCUGGUCUUGUCAAUUUUCCUGACCACUGUACCAGUUGCAUCCAAAUACCCAGUUACUGGUUUUUGUUUUUUAAUCAGAUUUUUUAGUAUGUCCAACUGCUCGUUACUAUAACAGUGAACGGACGGUAUGCCGACAUGCUUUACAAAGUUGUUUUCUUUGUCAUUACACAUCAGUAAAAGGUCAUGAAAAUCAUCUUUAUCAUAAUCAUCGGCACUUAAGGCCUCUGAUCUGAUUUUUCUGACGACGUCAUCUGAUUUAAUGCCUUGCAAAUUACCACAAUUCAACUGAGUGGGUGAUGCCAUGUCAACAGCGUCUGACCUGAAGGAAAACGCUUUUGCCUUUUUUAGCGCUUCUUUGUGUAAGUCUCGCUGAAUCCCUUUUACGUGGUUCGUGAGACCAUUGUCUUCUGGAUUGUGAUGGUAAUUUAAACCAGAACUAUAUACUUCCGCCAGAAACUCUUGGUUUUGAGGCUGGACUUUAAUUCUAAAAAGUUUACACCCCUCGUGGCUACAAUACAUGUACACAUUGCAAUGAUUUUCAAAAUAUCUAACCCUUUUUGCAUUAACAACGCAUGUAUUGUUCACAGUUCUAAUAAGCU